AUGGCUUCUUCUCGUGACAAUUAUUAUCAGCAGCCCUCAACCAAUCUAUCCUAUUUGGGGACGGAUUCCUUUGAUGAAGGAACUAUCGAACCUGAAAAUGCAUCAGCACAAAGUGAUCUGAUACCAAUUCCCUGUCAGCGGUCGUCCUUAUCGGCUUUAUCACCUGCAGCGCCAACGGCAUGUCUAGAACCAAUCAAUCCAAACCAUGCCCCGUCUUCAUCCCACUCACUUGAUGAUGUGAGCGAAAAGCAUGAUACACUCCUACCGGUGUUCCCUCAAGCCUUACAUCGGUCUUCGCCAUCGAUUGAUGAGGGUGUCCUGCGUCCGCGCUCGCAGUCGAUCGCGUCUACUGAGCGCUCAAUGGCCCAUUCCAUGACUCUUUCGGAUUUAUAUUCAGCUCAGACUUCCAAAUUUUACUGUGAUGACGUGUCGCUGUUAGAAGCGGCGACGCUGGAUUCCCGGGAUGAUGCGUUCCAUGUUGACGGAUGCCCUUUUGCUUUUUCACCUGGACAGCUCAACAAAUUGCAAAAUCCGAAGUCACUCGCAGCAUUCUUCGUUGUUGGUGGGUUGGAAGGGUUAAGGAAAGGACUACGAACGGACCUUGAUGCCGGUCUAUCCGUCGACGAGGGUCGAUUGGAUGGUUUCAUAGACCUUCAGCAAGCAAUUUCACACAUGUACGAUGGGCCAACCUGUCUCGUUGAAUCAAAACUACACGACAACCCAACAGGAGGAUUGGCUGCAACAACCAACAAUCGGUCGGGUUUCGAGGACCGUAUACGCAUUUUUUCUGAGAACAGAUUACCAGCUCGAAAGUCAGUUGGGAUUUUCAAGCUAUUUUGGAUUGCAUACAACGAUAAAAUUAUUAUUCUCUUGACCAUCGCCGCCGUCAUCUCCUUAUCUUUAGGGAUCUACGAAUCGGUAGAUGCCGGCACGGGCGUGGAGUGGGUGGAAGGGGUCGCCAUUUGCGUGGCAAUUUUGAUUGUGACCGUUGUCACAGCUGCUAAUGACUGGCAAAAGGAGAAACAGUUUGCAAAACUUAAUAAACGAAAUAAUGACCGCGAUGUCAAAGCUGUUCGCUCCGGAAAGUCGGCAAUGAUAUCGAUAUAUGAUAUUAUGGUGGGCGACGUGCUACACCUUGAGCCUGGUGACUCUAUUCCAGCUGACGGGGUCUUGAUCUCGGGGUAUGGUGUCAAAUGCGACGAAUCAUCAGUCACCGGCGAAUCAGAUCAGAUAAAGAAGACGAAUGGACAUGGGGUAUGGCGGUGCAUCACUGAAGGUCGUGCCAAUAAAACCCUUGACCCAUUUUUGGUUUCUGGCAGCAAGGUACUGGAAGGCGUGGGGACCUAUCUGGUGACUGGUGUUGGACCUUUCUCCACGUACGGUCGACUCAUGCUAUCUUUACAAGUCUCGAAUGAUCCAACACCGCUCCAGGUCAAACUCGGUCGUCUUGCAAAUUGGAUCGGAUACUUGGGAACAGCUGCCGCUAUCAUUCUCUUCCUUGUCCUAGUGUUUCAGUUCAUUGCCGAUCUUCCCAAUCACCCUGAUCAGAGUUCAACUGUCAAGGGGCAGCAUUUUGUCGACAUUUUAAUCGUGGCGGUCACCGUUAUCGUUGUCGCAGGCCUUCCCCUCGCCGUGACACUCGCUUUGGCUUUUGCCACGACUCGCAUGGUCAAGGAGAACAAUCUGGUUCGCGUUUUACGAGCCUGCGAAACAAUGGGAAAUGCUACGGUGAUAUGCUCAGAUAAGACAGGAACCUUGACCCAAAAUAAGAUGACGGUUGUCGCCGGUGUAUGGGGCUCAGGUCACAGCUUCAGCCGAAUGCCGGAGGAUGAGGCUAACUCGGUGAAUAUCGCAUCCGUUUUGCAACAAAUUUCAGAUCCGGUUCGAGAUCUUAUACUGAAGAGUAUUGCCCUCAAUUCUACCGCCUUCGAGGAAGGAGCGGGCGGGCAGCAAGAGUUCAUCGGAAGCAAGACUGAAGUUGCCCUUCUCCAGUUAGCCUAUGACUAUUUAGGUAUGGACCUUACACUAGAGCGUGAAUCCGUCAAGAUUACUACUGUCCAAUUUUUUCCAUUCAACUCGACCCGGAAAUCAACGGGUCUCGUUUACCGGCUUCCUGGAGGAGAGUACCGUUUUCUUGUGAAGGGGGCCGCUGAGCUUAUGAUCGAUGCGUGUUCUACGCAAAUUACAGGAAUAACUUCUGCUAGCAACGGACUCCAAACGGGACCCCUCUCCGACGCUAAGCGAGAUCAAAUCCUUCAGAUCAUCAAUCAAUUCGCUACUGCGUCCCUUCGAACCAUCGGGUUCGUAUAUAAAGACUACUUGGCCUGGCCUCCCACAGGGGCGGAGAAGAUAGAAGAUGAUCCAUCUUUAGCCGGUUUUGACGAUGCCUUCCGAGACAUGACAUGGGUUGGGGUGGUGGGUAUUCAGGAUCCCCUCCGGCCUGAAGUUUCUCCAGCGAUUCGCAGAUGCCAUUCUGCGGGUGUCCAAGUGAAAAUGGUAACUGGUGACAACAUUGCAACUGCUGUCGCCAUUGCAUCAUCUUGCGGUAUCAAAACGGACGGCCUAGUCAUGGAAGGUCACCAAUUCCGACAUCUAUCGGUCGAGGAACUAGAUCGGGUGAUUCCACGCCUACAGGUCCUAGCCCGUUCUUCGCCAGAGGAUAAGCGUCUCUUGGUAGAACGUCUCAAGAAUCUUGGCGAAACAGUUGCUGUAACGGGUGACGGCACAAAUGACGGGCCUGCAUUGCGAACCGCGGACGUCGGAUUUUCUAUGGGUAUUGCCGGUACUGAGGUAGCUAAAGAAGCUAGCUCAAUCAUUCUCCUCGAUGAUAAUUUCCGAUCUAUUGUUACGGCGAUCGCCUGGGGACGGACGGUGAAUGACGCCGUCGCCAAGUUUCUUCAAUUCCAAAUCACUGUCAACAUCACGGCCGUUAUUCUGACGUUCGUGUCGUCAAUUUAUAGCGAUUCGAACAACCCAGUGCUGAAUGCGGUGCAGUUGCUCUGGGUCAAUCUCAUAAUGGAUACGUUUGCUGCUCUAGCCUUAGCCACCGACGGCCCUACACCUGAAAUUCUAGAUCGAAAACCCGUGCCGAAAAGUGCCCCACUCUUCACGAUGAACAUGUGGAAGAUGAUCCUCGGGCAAACAGUCUAUAAACUCGCCGUAAUCUUUAUGCUAUACUUCGCUGGGGACCAAAUCUUGAGCCCACAACUUGACAGCAACAACCUAGAGCUCCGGGCCAAGCAACUUUCGACCGUUGUUUUUAACACAUUCGUUUGGAUGCAGAUUUUCAAUGAACUUAACUGCCGCCGCCUCGACAAUAAGUUCAAUGUCUUCGAGGGUAUAUUCAAAAAUUAUUGGUUCCUAGGUAUCAAUGCCGUCAUUGUGGGCGGACAAAUUAUGAUUAUAUUCAUUGGCGGUCAGGCAUUUCGCGUUACUCGUAUCAAUGGCGUUUUGUGGGUUGUCUGUCUCAUUUGUGCCGUGGGCUGUAUGCCGUGGGCCAUGAUUCUUCGCCUGAUUCCCGACGACCGCUUUGCUCUCGGUUUCAAUGCUGUCACCAGUAGCUUUGCUUUCCUCUUGCGUCCAUUUGUCAAAACAUUUCAAGCUGUUGGCAGAAGCUUCAAAGCUUGCAUCUGGGCUCUUACCCGCUUUACUCGGCGGGUUUUGUCUCGACGAGUUUCAAAGCAUGGUGAUGAUCAAAGGGCUGGGGAUUCAACAACUCACCAGCCCCAGGUAAAACAAAGCCCUCAUUCGAUGCAGCAGAGGCAACAAAAUACCCCUGCUCACACUCAGGCGGAACAACAAAGAUCGGUACCCUCGAUUACAAUAACGACUUCCCCUUAA